GAUCGCGUCAGGCGAAGGGGAAGUCCCGCCCCGAUGCUUCUCCCCUUCUUCCCCCCGUUGCCAGGGGUAGCGGCGCCCCUCCCAUCCGCAAAAAGCGGGAAAUCGCUCCGAGAUGGGGGACGUCCAUGAGGUACCGCGGCGGCGCAUCGCCACCAGUCACCUGGCGCAGAACAUCGGGCAGCCCGUCUGCUUCGUGGGCCGCGUCGAGAAGAUUCAUCCUACUGGGAAGCUUUUCGUGCUUUCGGAUGGAGAAGGAAAACAUACAACUGUGGAGCUGAGCGAACCUCUAGACGAAGAGAUCUCAGGAGUUCUUGAAGUAGUUGGAAGAGUAACAAAUCAGGCAACCAUCAUGUGCAUGUCGUACGUCCAGUUCAGAGAAGACAAAAGUCCAUUUGGUAGAUCUGGAACUCUACAAUGAAGCAAUAAAAAUUAUUCAUGAAUUCCCUGAAUACUUCCCGUUCGGUACUGGGAGAAACAACUGAUUAUUUUUCUUGGCAUGUAUCUAGAGCUUCAGAGGGGACAACAGUACUGUAGCUUUCUUGCCUGACAGCAUGGUAACAGUUGCAUUUAUUUCCAACAAAUACACUGAAAAGAUGCUGUUCCAUGUGCCAUGUAUUGCCAAUGAAGAAUGUUUUCUUUGGAAAUGUAUUUAUUCAGCAAGGAGGAGAGCACUUCUGUGGAUGUCUCACUGUCUGUAUAUAUUUAACCCUUUUGCAUCCAUGAGGAGUGUUCUCCUGCAGGAUUGAACUUGCUAGAAACUGAAGUUUUGUAGGCACCUUUUUGUUGCUGUUGUAGAGGUUCUAGGGUACUUUACAAGAAACUCCUAUCAAAGACAUUUGGUGGGAGUCUAAUGUAAAGUGGUUUUUUUGUUUUUUCAUUUGCUUUGAUAUAAAUUUAUUGAACAUGGGGAGUGUUUUGCAUCUUGAAAAUUGUCUCUUCUCCAAUAAAAAAAAUCAGACUA